AACAGCCAGUAGGCGCCAGCAGUGAGCGUUUAAUGAGUGAGUCACUGAGUUGUUCAUUCAAGCGAUUCGUUCAAACGGCUGAUUCAUCAGAUGUUUAUGCAUGAGCUACUGAAUCAUUGACUCAACCGAUUCGUUCAGAACAGGGAAAUAUUCAGGAAUGAAUCGGCUGUUUUCCGUGAGGUGCGGGGUUCCGCCUAAAAUGUAAGUGACCUAAUAUUAUUGUAAUUGCUUAUUGAACUGUUUAUUGUUCUAUUAAACAGUCGUAAUGGUGAAAAUGUUGUGUGAUGUUGCAUAACUAACUGUAUUUUAAAUAUAAAAACUUUUCAUUUAGAUUUUUUACCUCAGCAUGCUUAACUUAACUUUACUUGUCUGGCAUUAAUGAAGCGUUAAUGUCGAGCCUCGGAGUCUCUGUGCGGGGAUUAAACCCCGGACGGCACCGGCCCAAUUUAAACCCGGGUUACCACUGUUUACGAGAAUAUAAGAGGCCGUCUGUUUUCUUCUGUUUCUUUAUCGCUUUAAGGUGUCAUAAAAUUGAUAAAACUGCUAUACUUACAACCCACGAUGUACACGAUACAACAAAUUGUCGUUAGCAUUGAACAUCAUUGGAUAUGAAUGUUAUCGUUUGAAAAGACCAGAUGACGUAAUUUUUUUUUUUGUAUGCCAUUAUGCGCGGGAAUUUAUGACGUCACAAUUCGGCCAUGAAGGUAUAUAAAGGCAUGAAAAUCACUUGCUCAUUUUGUGCUUUGAAGUCUUGGGAGUAACAUAACAUUAUUUGGUAGCGACUCUUAGCGACUGACAAACGGUGUUAUCAUGGGACUGCUUUCAAGACUAAAAAAAGCAACUGGUUUGGAGUGUGUAGGAGAACCCUGUGUACACCCCAAAGACUCCCCCAUCAUGACGGAGAACCAUCAACCGGCGCCGGUUGGUGCUCUUGAGACCGAUGAAGGGAGAACGACGAAGAGCUUCUGGAAGUGGGCCGCUCUUCACUUUCCUUCCCGCAGAAAGGGAACAUAUGACCUGGCCAAAGCCGAGGAGAAAUACGGGACAGAGGCGGAAACACAGUGGAGAGAUAGCGAUGAUCCAGCUCCUGAAGACCUCCUUGCUGCUGAGGAACAGCAGAAACACAGAGUCCUGGACAAGAACCAGAGUGAACUCUGUGUACAUCCCAAAGACGGCCCCAUCACAUCAGAGAGCCGUCAUCCUCAUCUGUCUGUUAGUGCUGCUGAGAUUGAUGGAGGAAGAGAGAAGGAAGGGAGAGAGGAGAAGAAGAAGAGCUUCUGGAAGUGGCCUGCUCUUCACUUUCCUUGCAGUGGAGCUGGAACAUAUGAUCUGGCCGAAGUGGAAGAGAAAUACUGGACAGAGGCGGGAAUGCACUGGAGAGAUAGCGAUGCAGAAACACAGAGUCCUGGACAAGAGUAA